AUGCUGAGCUCAUUGGCAGGCGUCACCGUGACGAACUGGGACCUGAACAUUUCACCAACGUUCCUGGGCGGACGGUGCGACCCCCGUGCCUUCACGGAUGACGAUCCGCAUUUCCGGGGCGCAGACGGCACCCGCUACGACUUCAAUGGCCUUCUCGACCGCUCCUUCUGCUUGCUUUCCGAUCGUCGAAUCCACAUCAACAUGGGAAUCAAGGGUUACCAGCCCAUCGCGAAUCUCCCCGGCACGGCGACAUCAUUGGAUGAAGAGUCGCUCGCUGCAGCGCUGGAAGCAGCUUCCAAAGAGAAGAAGCCACGUCAUAUCAGGCAGCUUGAGCAGGAGAGGCUGAGCGUGGAGGAACUGGGCGAGCUGGAGAGAAUGCGGGCCAAUGGGAGCCUGCUGUUGACUGAUGUGGUGGUGGCAGCGCUUGAGCGGGAGAUGGGUCGUCGCAGCAGCAAGAGUGGAUGGGAAGAGGAACAGCAUUCGAUUCAGUAUGCUAAGCACGAGCUGAAGGCGAGGCUUCUUCGAGCGAAGCCGAUUCGCAUCUGGAUCAGCGGCGGGUUCAAGCUGCUUUUGGCGGAAACACGGAGCUUCAAGGGGAAGGAUGAGGACGAAUUUCAUCUCACGAUCGACGGUGUGGUGGAGAUGGGCAUCACGGCACGUUUGGCACAUCCGCUCAUGCAGACGGCUACGGAGGCCCAGGCACAUUUCAAUGUGUACAUCGCCCGGCUCAAUCACACGAAUGGCAUUCACGGCGUGCUGGGUCAGACCUUCCGAGCCGAGGAAUCCCGCAAGGUGCGCUCGCUGCGGUACCGCCUGCUGACCCGCCUGCUGCGCGAGCCGGUGGAGGUGGAGAGCGAGAGCGGCAGGGGAUUCCCGGAUGGGCGCACGGAGGACUACAUCACCUCGGAUAUUCGCUCUGCGGAUUGCAUGUUCGCCGCUGCGUGGCGCAGGGGCGAACACGAGAACAGCGACGGAAGCGACUUUAUGUAA